AACAGCGGUUAGAUGGAACAUGGCUCUCUCCAGAGGUUUGAGAUGUUGUCAAAGGGUUUUCUCCUGGAUACCUGUGCUUAUCAUAACCUCCGUGGUGUUGUGGUCAUACUACGCCUACGUCUUUGAGCUAUGUCUCUUCACACUGAACAACACAUUGGAAAAAGUGGUCUAUCUGCUGGUAUUUCAUGUUUGCUUUGUGAUGUUCUCCUGGACCUAUUGGAAGUCCAUCUUUACCCCUCCUGCAUCACCAUGCAAAAAGUUUCAGCUGUCAUACUCAGACAAACAAAGGUACGAGAUGGAGGAGAGGCCAGAUGCUCAGAAACAAAUCCUGGUUGAGAUCGCAAAGAAACUGCCCAUCUUCACUCGAGCUCAAUCUGGAGCUAUCAGGUUCUGCGAUCGCUGCCAGGUACUGAAGCCUGACCGCUGUCACCACUGCUCGGUUUGUGAAACAUGUGUCUUAAAGAUGGACCAUCAUUGUCCCUGGGUCAACAACUGUGUGGGCUUUUCCAACUACAAGUUUUUCCUGCUUUUCCUCUCCUACUCUAUGCUGUACUGCAUAUUCAUUGCAGCAACAGUCUUUCAGUAUUUCCUCAAAUUCUGGGUGGGGGACUUGACAAAUAGGCCGGCGAAGUUCCAUGUCCUCUUCCUCAUGUUUGUGGCGCUCAUGUUCUUCGUCAGUCUCAUGUUCCUGUUUGGCUAUCACUGUUGGUUGGUGGCCAAGAACAGAUCCACUUUAGAGGCCUUCUCAGCUCCAGUCUUUGUUGCUGGACCAGACAGAAAUGGCUUCAAUGUUGGCAUACGCAAAAACCUGCAGCAGGUAUUUGGGGAGGAUCGGAGACUGUGGUUCAUCCCUGUCUUCACAAGCCAAGGAAACGGUCACUACUUCCCCUUGAAGAAUCGGAGUUCUGAGUCCCAGAACCCCUUAUUAGCUAAUGAGGACAUAUGGGAGGAGUCAGAUGAUGGCUCCGAGGAAGGAAGCUUGGUUGAAGACCAAGACCCUUCUGUUACAAUAGAAAUGGAGGAAUAGUAAUUUAAUUUAUGGACAAUUUACACUGGUACAGAGGAUGUAGAUUUAAAUUGCGCACACUGUGUACCACGAGGCAAAUGCAUUCCAAAUCAUACGGAUGUUCAGACACUCCAAAAAACAAACAAAAAGAAAAGAAGGAAAUCAGAAAAGGGCCAAAGAGUGGAUAAAAUCCUGUAUUUGGACUGACAUUGCCACUUUUACCCCUGUCAUUUUACGUAUUGAUGAAAAGAUGAACUCAUUGGAUGACCAACGGCAACAUCACCUCUCCUCUCACGGAUGGACAAGCAACAGUAUCAGUUUCAUUCGGGGAAAAAACAAAAAAACAAAAACUUAAAAUAUUACCUCACAUACAAAAAAAGGCAACUGUUAUUUACCGCAGGUUGUAUAUUUGCCUCUGGUUAUUCAUCUUAAGGCACGGGCCUCUGUGGGAUUCAAAAUUACUGUUAAUCGGGAAGCUUCUGUCUGGCACUGUGCUAUUUUUUUUUCAGUGUUGGGCUGAGUUUACAGAGUUGCACCUUAGAGCUUGGUCUGUGCAGGGUGGUAUCUUAACGUGACCUCGCACCCAUAAUGCUCCAGAGGUCUCUUGUAGUGAUUCAGCUGUCUGGCCUCUACCACUUUGGGUCUUGCAGCAUAUUAACAUUAAUAUUAAUGUUAAUAUGCUGUAUUAAGAUUUUAAUUUUACUUUUUCCAGUGAACAUAAGCAUUUUAGAAUACCUGACUUAACCUGCGCCUUAUUAACAUAUUUAUACCUGUGUUUUGGGAGUCCACUUCUCCUAAGAAUGUAUCCAGCAUCCUGCUUGUGAAUAGAUUGUGCCAACAUUUUAGGCACCUAUUUACGAAAGAGCCUAUCAUGUAUGUUUUAAUUAAAAAAAAAAAAAAAGAGUAUUUAUUUAAUACUUAAUAUUUGAGUUAGAAUGCCAUUACCAAUGUCUGAUCAGACUAG